AUGCCUCCUCUUCGUCGAAAACGCGGGCAUCUGGUCGUCGCGGUGGAUUUUGGCACUACCAGCACCGCUGUUUCCUACGUCCUAGUUCCAGAAGGGACCAAUCCUCAGGAUGUCAGUCCUGAUGCGAUCGAGACGAUCGAGAAUUGGCCCACUUGUAUUCAGUUGCGCUCCUCGGAACCCAUGCGGAUGGAGGUGCCAACAGUCAUCACAUAUCCCACCGGUUGGGACUUUCAAUCCCGAACUAACCCUUCUUCUGAUGAUCCACCACCUAUUUCUUCUUUCGAUGACAUGAUCAGAGAAAUGCGCAAAUUCCGUCGCGAGUCUUUCGGGGGAGUGGCCAACGAUGCAGUCGUCCAACCACGAUGGGGGUAUCAGGUACACAGAGACUUGGGUCUUGUUUCAAUACAUGAUGACCCCUCCAAGCGUCCCGCAGUGAACUUCAAACCUCUUUUCGGUCUCGUCGAGAGUGAAAAGGAACUUCGAAGAGACGGCACCAACUCCCUCAGAGACCUCCAUUCACGAACCCCCAAUCGGCAUAAGAUUACCCUGAACGACUUGCACCUCCACGUCACCGUCGACUUCUUCGUUUUUGUAUUGCAGCAUACGAAGAAUGAGUUGGAAGCAAAGGAUUUUGACAUUACUGCGACAGAGGUGGUUGUUUGCGUCCUCGAAUCAUGGAGUUCCAAGGUCCUGCGCAAGAUGCAAAGCUGUGUAACUGCAGCGAUGAAGCAUGUUCGUUUCCCGGGCAUAGACCCCAACGACAACUCUAUUGAUAGAGUCUUCCUGGUUACUGAACCAGAGGCUGCGGCGACAUACAUGCUCACAGGUAGAGGUGGGGGUACUGUUAAUGGAAGUACUCACAAGGUUACCGCACAAGCACCAUUACGACUCGAGAAACUAGUCGUUAAUCCUGACAGUGAUACAUGUGGUUCGACUCAACUGAACGCAGGCUUUCGAAGGCUUUUGCACCAGCUUCUUGACGAUGAAACGUACUUGGAAGAUGGCCAGACUACCAUUCAAGGUAUCGUUGAAGGCUUUGUGUUCAAGGACUUCGAGUACGAUAUAAAAAGGUCCUUCAAUCUCAGUGAAAGGCCGAUUGGCUAUCAUCGAGUCCACCUCAAGGGGCUGCGAAAAGGUGGGAGGCCAGAGCUCAACGAUAACGAGCUCGCAAUCAGCCGGGAGAGCAUAUAUCACAUUUUCAUGGACGUGUUCAAACGAGCUGCGAAAGUGAUGACAGAUCAAUUGGACAAAGCCCGCAGGAAGCGUAUCUCAGUUGACAAGGUGGUUGUCAUCGGUGGUCUAGCAUCAAACCCGUCAUUUCUGGCAUACAUGCAGCAAAAGCUCGCUAUGUGGAACCACAAGAACCGAUCCCAAUGCAAAAUACAGGUGCCAGACGAGAUCAAAAGAGGGAUGGUGAUUAAUGCUGUCGCUUCGGGUGCUGUCCUUCGUGCGUUGGACAAACGCAAUGGUCCCAGUCGCCAAGCAAGGUGCAGCUAUGGUCUUCUGCGUCUGGAGCCUCAAGACCCGGAAGGACGCAAGGGCUUAAGGAAUUCAUUCACGAAGGACAAGUGGCUACGUACUAUUUACUGGGUCAUUCAGAAGGGCUCCGAGAUUGUACCAUCUGAUACCAAGAUCUACGAAGCCAUGACGCCCUUCCCACUCUUUGACGGAAACUCUCGUAACAAGUUCCGAGGCCCCUAUAUCUGUCGGCAAGAUAUCUAUCUCUCAGAUACGGCCUACAAAUGCCACCGGCAUGAAGAACAUGAACACAACCUGGAUGCCGAAAACCUCGGCUAUCUCGAGUUUGAUGUGUCGCGAUACUAUGAGCGAGGUCGUUUCUUGACUAGGCAUGCGGGACAGAAUCACGAUGGCGUAGUGGUGACAGAGCCCCAUACCGAAUUCCAUUGGCAGAUUCACUUCGUCGUCGAUGGUCUCAAUCUUGCUUGUUGCGCUGUCGUUGACGGCAACGUUGAAGCUGUUUUGAAGGUCAGUAUGGCAUCUGGAUUCGAUCCAUCUACAGAAUAG